AUGCACGUCCACCACCCACCUCAAACCAAAGGCGAUAGCUACCAUGUUGUUGCCCUCACCUCCUCCACCUUGGGCUCUCUCAAGGUCGAUCCCUCCCUUCAAAGCAACCACCACCUCGAGGCCAAGAGAUUUGCUAAUGUCAAUGAUCACAUCGACAAGGACAACAUAAUUGGUAACGGUCACAAAACUGAUGAACAUGGAAAGGAAAAUGUGCAGGACAACAAAAAGGAAUUUUCAAUGGGACUAAUCGAAGCGAAGACAUGGUCUAAUAUGAUCGAUCAGAAAAUCCCAAAAAUUGUACCCAGGACACCAAUCUGGACACCCCCGGGCGAGCCCGAGACGAUCAAUACUUGGGAGCUAAUGGAAGGCCUUGAAGACAUAAGCCCUUUCAGGUCACCAGCUCAUCACCUCCGGAGCUUCUCUUUUGAUGUUGUUAGGAGCCCAAGUCCAGUGCCCAGUUCCCCUGCUGAUCGCCCCAAAUCGAAGCUACACGAAAACGGUACCGUGUCACCUAAGCCCAUGUGGCUUCAAUUUACAGAAGACGAUCGUGUGAAUUCCAAUUCCUUGAUCUCAGACUUUGAUCCCGAGGUCAUUUCCGCGUUCAGAAAAUCGUUAUCGCAGCUCAAAUCCGACGACGACCCUUUUCAUUUUUCACAGUUGGGUGUCCAAAAGCAGCCGGCUUUGGCCUGCAAUGGAGUUGUUACAGAGUACGAAUGUGAUGAAGUACCUUGUGGCAAGGUAAAGGACAACAAGGACAGGGACAGGGUUGUAUUGUACUUCACGAGCCUCCGAGGUGUAAGGAAGACGUACGAGGACUCUUGCCAUGUGAGGGUGAUACUGAAGGGCGUAGGGGUCCGGGUCGAUGAGCGAGACGUUUCGAUGCAUUCGGGGUUUAAGGAGGAGCUGAAGGAGCUUUUGAAAGAUGGGUUCAGUGGGGUUGCCCUGCCCAGAGUGUUUCUGGGAAACAAGUACAUUGGUGGAGCUGAUGAAAUUCGGCAAUUGCACGAAGAUGGGAAGCUCGAGAAGUUGCUUGAAUCUUGUGAAAAAUUGGAUGGUGGCGGCGCCGGAGGUGGUGGGGUUUGUGAUGCUUGUGGGGAUAUAAGGUUUGUGCCAUGUGAAACAUGUUCAGGGAGCUGUAAAAUAUAUUAUGAAGAUGCUGAUCGUGACGAAGAAGAUGAAGAAGAAGAGGAGGAAGAAGCAGAGGAGGGUGAGUCGGGGUUCCAACGGUGCCCAGAUUGUAAUGAAAAUGGCCUAAUACGUUGUCCAAUAUGUUGCUAUUAG